AUGGCUACCCCUAGUGUCCUCGCUUUUGACGCUGAGGGUCGAGCCAUUGACUUUGAGGUCUGGGUCGACGACUUGCAGCUGUUUUUACAGUGCGAUAGGGCGGACGGUCUUUCUCUCUUUGACCUCACCUCUGGCGCCUCUCCUGCCCCUGCUGCUGAUGCUGACCCCACUGUUCGCUCUCAGUGGGCCACCCGCGAUGCUACUGCACGUCUUGCUGUGCGUCGCCACCUCCCUACCACAGAGCGCGCGCACUUUAGUCAGUACAAGAGUGCUCAGACCUUGUACGACGCUGUAGUUGCGCGCUACUCUUCCCCUGCCACUGCUGCACUGAGCCGCCUCAUGCUACCGUACCUCUUUCCUGACCUUGCUUCCUUUCCCACAGUCGCUGACCUCAUCACGCACCUCCGCACUAGUGACACUCGCUACCGCGCCGCGCUUCCUUCUGAGGACCACUUCCUCUCAGUCUGUCCCACCACUCUCACUGUUGACCUCCUCGAGAAGGCCCUCCUGGCAGCGGAGAAGAGCAUCGUCGCUGUAGGAGCUUCUCGUGGUGACCCUCGCACCCCCAUAUUUGAGGGGUGUUCUCCUUCCCCCCUGCAGCCCUCUGUUGCCUCUGCUGCUGCCGCCGACCUGCUUGGCCUUGAGUCGGUUGGCGCGGCGUCUGCCCCUAGCGGGAGACGCCGCCCUGGCAAGGGCAAGGGGGGCAAGGGCGCGGGUGGAGCUGGCGGGGGCGGUGGAGGUGGCGGUGGAGCGGGCGGAGGGAGUGGGGGUGGCGGUGGGAGUGGUGGCGGGGGUGGCGGUGGUGGUGGCAGCAGCGGAGGCGGAGGCGGUGGCGGCGGCGGUGGUGGCGGAGGCGGAGGCGGCGGUGGUGGCGGAGGUGGAGGCAGUGGUGGCGGAGGGGGUGGAGCUGGUUGGGGUGGUGCCCCGCAGCGGAGCGGCUCUGAUGGUGCUAUCUUUGAUCUUGACUUUGAUGCUAUCCUUGCUGCCAUGUAUGCUGUGACUAUUAGUGAUGAGGGUGACUGUUACCGGUGUUUCCCGCCCGACCCGGGCAUUGGUACUGCUGCGCUAGGUGCUUGUGAGGCUGCUGCUCUAGGUGCCAGUGCGUCUGCGCUCUCAGGUACUGGUGAGGCUGCGCUCUCAGGUACUGCGUCGGCUUCGGCCUCCCUCACCUUCACACUUGACUCCGGGGCUUCUCGCUCCUUCUUUCGAGACCGCACCACACUCACGCCGCUUGGUCGGCCGGUUGCAGUCUCCCUGGCGGACCCCUCUGGGGGUCCUGUCCUCUCUUACUUCUCCACUGUCCUCCCGUGUCCGGCUGCCCCCUCGGGCACUCUGUCUGGUCUGUACCUCCCCUCGUUCUCGACGAACUUGGUGAGUGGUGCUGACCUACAGGAUGCGGGGGCUCACCAGUUUACUCCUGCGAGUCAGCGGGUGACCCACUGCUCGGACGCCCGCACAGGCCGACACCUGGCCACGUUCUCGCGUCGGCCCGGGUCGAGUCUCUACACCCUGACCACUGAGUCUCCUCCUGUCCCUGCGUCUGGCCAGGUAGCUGCGUCGGGUCAGGUGUUUGGUGCUGCGUCUCGGUCUGGUCCUGAGUCUGCCCCCUGUUCGUCUCGCCUCCUGUCUCACGAGACUCUCCUGUGGCACCACCGUCUGGGCCACCCCUCCUUGCCGGGUCUUCGAGGUCAGUGCACGUGA